GAAAUAUGGCACGUGUGAUAUUUUGUAUGGUUCUGAGAAACUCUCACGUGUGAAAAUAUAGAUAAAAUGAUGGAUAGAGAAUAUAUGAUAAAUAAGAAGAGUACUGCAGGAGUGAUGAUUUCUGGUACUACUACUUUGUAUUAAAGGUUUUAUUUUUAUUUUUAUUUUUUUGGGUGUUUGGAGUUUCUUAUUUCUUGGUCAUUUUGACUUGUGGAAGUAGAAAAAGAUAUGAUAUUUGAGUAUAGGGAUCAGAUUUUUUGUUUUCAAGAAGGAAUUGUUUUGGUAGAUUGAAGCUUUUCUGUUCCCCAGAGAAGACACAAAUAUUGCAGGUUUUCAGUUUGAAAUCGGCGAAUUGCUUAAAACAUUGAUAAGGGUUCAACCAAUACAACAAACAACGGCAACAACAUACCCAAUGUAAUCCCGCGCGUGGAGUAUGGGAAGGGUAGAAUGAGAUUGUAAUUUGAUAGUCAACCUUGUAUUCGAAACUCCAUAGUUAAUCAUCUCCAAGUAAAAAAGUUAUUGAGGAAAGUACCAAGGAUGGCAACUUAUUUUCCUAGUCCAAGCAAUCAAAGAGAUGCUGAUCAAACAUUUCAAUAUUUUAGGCAAUCUUUGCCUGAUUCUUAUUCAGAAGCUUCAAAUGCUCCAGAAAACAUGAUGGUGUUCAUGAACUAUUCUUCUUCUGGGGCAUAUUCAGAUAUGUUGGCGGGUACUUCCCAACAGCAACACAGCUGCAUCGAUAUCCCACCAGUUGGAGCCACGUGUUCCAACACAUCACAACAAGAAAUAUUGUCAAAUCUUGGAGGAUCGCGGAUGGGGAUUCAAGAUUUUUCUUCAUGGAGAGAUAGCAGAAAUGAGAUGCUAGCUGGUAGUGUCUUUCAAGUUGCACAAAAUGUGCAGGGUCAAGGAUUAUCCCUCAGUCUUGGCUCCAGCAUACCAUCCGGAAUUGGAAUUUCACAUGUCCAAUGUCAGAAUCCUAACCAAGGUGGUGGUUUUGAUAUGUCCUUUGGAGAUGGUGAUAAUUCCCAACCAAAAGAACAAAGAAAUGCAGAGUAUUUGCCUCCGGGUUAUCCUGGAAGCAACUCGGAAGCUAUGAAAGGGUAUAAUUCUCCAUAUGGUACGCCAAGUAUUGCAAGCACCAUUCCCAGCUCGAAGUAUUUGAAAGCAGCUCAAUAUUUGCUUGAUGAGGUUGUUAGUCUCAGAAAGGCCAUCAAGGAGCAAAAUUCUAAGAAAGAGUUGACAAAGGAUUCCAGAGAGUCUGAAGGGGACUCGAAAAAUAAAACAUCAGAUCCUCCUGCAAAUGAGGGUUCAAAUCCUCAUGAGUCGAAAAACAACCAAAGUGAACUUUCAGCUACCGAGAAGCAAGAAGUGCAGAACAAACUGACCAAGCUUCUGUCAAUGCUGGAUGAGAUUGAUAGAAGGUACAGACAAUAUUAUCAUCAGAUGCAAAUAGUGGUCUCAUCAUUUGAUGUGGUAGCUGGAGAUGGAGCAGCUAAGCCAUACACAGCUCUUGCUCUCCGGACAAUUUCCCGACACUUCCGUUGCUUGCGUGAUGCAAUCUGCAAUCAAAUUCGAGCAUCACGGAGAAGUCUUGGAGAGCAAGAUGCUUCAGAAAAUAGCAAAGUGAUUGGAAUAUCACGCCUGCGUUUUGUGGAUCAGCAUAUUAGACAGCAGAGAGCCCUGCAGCAGCUUGGUAUGAUGCAACAACAUGCCUGGAGGCCUCAAAGGGGUUUGCCUGAAAGUUCUGUUUCAGUUUUGCGUGCUUGGCUCUUUGAGCACUUUCUUCAUCCCUACCCAAAAGAUUCUGACAAAAUUAUGCUAGCAAGGCAAACUGGCUUAACGAGAAGUCAGGUAUCAAAUUGGUUCAUAAAUGCACGGGUGCGUCUUUGGAAACCCAUGGUUGAGGAAAUGUACAAAGAAGAGGCUGGUGAUGCUAAAAUAGACUCAAAUUCUUCAUCAGAGGUUGCCCCCAGACUUGCAACAAAAGACUCAAAAGUUGAAGAAAGAGAAGAAUUGCACCAGAAUGCAGCCUCAGAAUUUGAGCAGUAUAAUAAUGGCCAAAUCUUGGAGUCAAAAUCUAACCAUGAAGCUGAUGUAGAAAUGGAGGGAGCAAGUAAUGCAGAAACUCAAAGUCAAUCUGGAAUGGAAAAUCAAACAGAAGAACCUCUCCCUGUUAUGGAUAAUUGCACCCUUUUUCAGGUCGCGUUUGUUCAAAGCAACCAUAGAUUCUCAGAAUUUGGUAGUUUUGGAAGCGGAAAUGUACUACCCAAUGGAGUUUCACUUACAUUGGGGUUGCAGCAAGGUGAAGGAAGCAACCGACCUAUGUCCAUCGAGACUCAGGUUAAUUAUGUACCAUUAAGGGCAGAUGACAUGUAUAGUACAGCACCUACGACUAUGGUCCCUGAAACAGCAGAAUUCAAUUGCUUGGAUUCUGGGAACAGGCAGCAUCCAUUUUGGCUCCUACCAUCUGCUACAUGAUUUUGUAUAUGUGAUGUAGAAUUAAACUGCAAGUUUUGAGAACAUCAGCAUUCUUCUUCCAUUGAGUGGUUAGUUUGAAGAUUACAGUAACAGUCUCAUUGAUCACUGUUGUAAUAUAGUAGCAGAAUAUUGGUUGGGGAGUUCCCCAAGUUGUUAAAUCUGUAAAGUCUGUAAAGGUAUGAGAGAUGUUAUUGUUUUUGA